CCGAUUUAAUUAUAAUUUAACCUUUAAAAGCGAUAAUUUCAGGAUUAUACGGUCCUAUUUAAUUUCAAUGAUUUCAUGAUGUAUUGUGAACGUUAAUAUGAAUAGUAUUCACGAAAUCACUCCAACACUAUACCUUUGCGGAGUAGCAGCUCUUCAGAACAAGGAAUCAGUUCUUAAUAAACGAAUCGGGCUUAUCGUUAACGCUACGAUUGAUUUGGGUAACCAAUCUUGGAAUGGAAAAAUUGACAUUGUUAGAGUUCCAGUAAAUGAUGUGCCUACCGCUCAACUGUCACCCUACUUUGAUAAAGUUGCAGAUCUAUUGCACAAGAACUGUCAAAAUGGUACCCGAUGCCUGGUUCAUUGUGUAGCUGGUGUGUCAAGGUCUGCUACUUUAUGCAUUGUUUACUUAAUGAAGUACCACAGAAUGUCCUUAAGAGAUGCUCACACACAUGUCAAGAGUCGCAGGCCUUUCAUUCGACCAAAUGCUGGCUUUUGGAAACAAUUGGUUGAAUACGAGAAAAAAAUUUAUGGCCGCAACUCGGUCAAAAUGGUUCAGUCUUCCAUUGGCCUUAUACCUGAUGUCUAUGUGGCAGAAACAAGAAAUAUGGUUCCAUUUUUUGGGAGAAGUCGACGCUAAGCAUCUUUAAAAUUUUUAAUCAAGUUACAUUGCUUUUUAAGUUGUGAGCUUUUACUUUAUACUGUGGGCUGUAGUUCUUCACUUUACAGUGUUUUUUUUAAAUAUCACUAUUUUACAUUUAUAUGCUUUCUUAGCUUUUGAUCUGCACAAACAAUAUAGAUACAGUUUUUGUAAUAUACUGCGCUUUAUUCUUAAUAAAUUGGUCAGAAACAA